CCAGCGUACAUCUCGAGUAAGGAAAACGGAAGCGACCUGCCUAAGUAAGCAAAGUCUGCUGACAGUUACAGCAUAGGAUAAAUUCCCUUGAUCAAGUUCAUGUACAUCAGGUGGUGAGUAGGCAGAUAUAUUGAGCAAUCAUCGCGGUUAUAUAUUGUGAAUUGGCCGAAGGACAAGGUAUGGAAUAUGGCAUCAUCUGAAGCACACCUUAUGCUAAGCGUCGGACUAAUCGAGAAAGACGCGAAUGGAGACUCGUUGUGGGUGUGGUGUUACCCCUCUGUCACCGCGGAAGUGAGACAGAUCCUCCUCAGCAAGUGCUGCCUGACGCAGGAUGGUCGGGAGCUCCACUCCUUUGUAUUUGGCCAGUUCCGCCGGACCUGGUACUACAUUACCACGGUGGAAAUACAGGAACCGACUGCUCUAAAGAAGGUUACACAUUUCUCACUAGUUGUCACCACGAAAGACUUCAACCCUGAGAAAUAUGCUGCUUUGAGUAGAGUGUUAUGCAGAUUGUAUAUCAAACAUGGCAGUCCAGUGAAAAUGAUGGAGAGUUACAUUUCGGUUCUCACAAAAGGAAUUUGCCAAAGCGAUGAAAAUGGCUCAUUUCUUAACAAGAAUUAUGAUGUCAGGCUGGCCUAUUUAGCAGGUUCCCUCAAAGAUGUAGUGGCCCAGUUUGGAAUGGAGUCCAUUAUCCUGUAUACAGCCCUCAUGCUGAAGAAAAGAAUCGUUGUCCAUCAUCCUCGAAUCGAAGCGCUGUUGGAGUUUACGAGAGCGUUGCCUGCCUUUACAUGGCAUAGGAAGGACUGGUCGAUCCUGCACCCCUACCUGCACCUGACCGAGGUGGAGCUGGACGACCUCAGGCAGUGCCCAGGAUACGUGGCGGGGUUCACCAACCCAGAGGUCGGCAACAGGGCAGAUCUAUUUGAUGUGUAUGUGAACCUCCCGGACAACACAAUCACUGUGUCUCCCGACGCCAAAGAGGCCUUGGCUAUGGGGAAGGUUCAUAAAGACAUCGGUCAGCUUAUCGUCCAAUCAGCAGAAGAUGCUGAGCGAACGGACGCUCAGGUGAUCAAGGACAUUUCUACCAAGACUAAAGAGAUACUUGCUAGCUUGAUGGCCCUGGCGGACGAGAGUGAAAAUUCUAAAAUAACGGUAGAAGGCUUGAAGAAACAUCACUUCCCCCCUGCCACAGAGAACUUCCUGUUUCACCUGGCGGCCGCUGAGAGACUCUUAAGGAUAUGACUUCUGCCUACCUGCAAACAUACUAAUCACGGGACGGGACCUCCUCACUGUCUAGGGAUUGUCAUGAGGACUCACUGAAUGCGCCUAGGCUUCUAACCAGUGCCAUUAUUAACAACUUGAGCGGGAUUAAAUACUAUUACUGUUCAAUAGAAAGUUAUGAAAGGAAUAUUUCAGUUGUGAGAAUUUGUUUUCAAUCUUGUUUUUACUAAUAACUUUUGUUCCACCCAAGUACAGGCAAUAUAAUGUAUUUUUCUUCUCAAUCACAAUUUUCCUUUUGGUUCAGGCCUGACUUCUUGACUGUAUAAUAUGCUAAAUGCAACCAGGGAUGGACAGUUUGUUUUGUUGACAUUUCUGCAUAAUAAUUUUUACUUUGAAGAUCCAAAUGCCCAAAACUGUAUUUUUGUGUCUAAAUAUUUUUAUAUUAGUCUGUGCUGUGCAAUAAUAUGUAGUUUACAUUUGGAAAAAACGUAUUUUCAUGAAUUAAUGUAUCUUAGCAAAAAUAAUUGCACUCCAUGCAUCCAUUAAAUACAUUUAUUAUCAAAACAA